AAAGCUGGCGUUUCGACCACAGCAGCGGAUAAUUGGCUUGAAAACAGUUAAAUUCAUGUAAAUUGUACUGUGUAUGAUUAAGGACUCGCCGCUGCCUGUGUGUUCUGGAGAACUACAAGUGAAUGAAAGUGAAUUAAUUGAAGCAAAUUAAGCAGUCAACGAAAAAAGCUGCAACUCAAAAGGAAACUGCCAAAUAAAAGACUGACACAUUUUAGGGAGCAUACCAAAAAGCUCAGACCAACAAUUGAGCAAUACAAAAAGGCAAACAGGACCAACUGAAAGUAUUUGAAGUUGAACCUUGCUGAGAUGUUUUAAGAGGUGGCACGUUCGUCUCUGCGUCAACAAACCUGAAACUGUUGCGAUAAGCCCAAAAGGAAACGCAUUUAUUCGGCAAAAUGUUUUUGCCAGUGAAAUCCAAUCAGAGAGCGAGAUUGACUGUAGCAUUCUCACAUGUACUUUUUAGGUCCACAGAGGCCAGUGGGAACAACGAGGAUGUCACCACAACCAGCAACAAUUCAACACAAACACCCAGCGAUUUGAGCCCACCAGGACCCAAUGAGGAGGUGUUGCCCCAGGCACAUCAUCAGAAUCCUGGCCAUUGCAUUGCCUCCUUUGCGGCCAUUAAUCAGAUGCGAACGAAUGCACAGCUCUGUGAUGUCCGCCUAGAAGUGGGCGUUGAGACAAUCCAUGCGCACAAGGUGGUUCUGGCCUCUGUGUCGCCGUAUUUUUAUGCCAUGUUCAACGAUGACAUGUUGGAACGCACACAGGGAUUGGUGAGACUGCACGAUGUGGAUUACACUGCGCUUCGUCAGCUCAUCGAUUACACGUAUACGGGCGAGAUAACCAUUACAGAACAGAAUGUUCAGGUACUCCUGCCCGCGUCCGGACUGCUUCAAAUGCACUCUGUUCGCGAUGCGUGCUGCAAAUUCCUGUUGCGGCAACUCCAUCCCUCAAACUGUCUAGGCAUACGCAGUUUUGCAGACGCGCACUCAUGUAAGGAGCUGCACACGCGUUCCCACAAGUACGCGCUGCAAAAUUUCCAACAGGUCGUCGGGACCGAGGAAUUUCUGCUGUUGCCCUUUGAUGAGGUCAAGGAUUUGAUAUCUAAUAGUCAGUUGAACAUAAGCUCCGAGGAGAAGGUCUUUGUUGCGGUGCUGAAUUGGGUAAAGCAUAAUCUGGCCACGCGCCAGAUACAUAUUGCCGAGCUCAUGUCGCACGUACGCCUUCCCCUUGUUAGCCGCGAUUUUCUUAUGACCUGUGUGGAGUCGGAGACGCUGAUUCGUGAAGAUUCAAGUUGCAAGGAACUGCUACUGGAGGCCAUGAAGUACCAUCUACUGCCGGAGCAGCGCAGCUUGAUGAGCAGCCAACGCACUCAGGAGCGUCGACCGGAGGGCAUGAAGCCCUAUAUCUUUGCUGUCGGUGGUGGCAGCCUCUUUGCCAUUCAUAAUGAGUGCGAGGUGUACAACCCCCGAACCAAUGCCUGGACACCGGUGGCGCCAAUGUUGUGGCGACGCUCACGGUCCGGCGUUACGGCACUGCACAAGCAGCUGUAUGUGGUGGGUGGCUACGAUGGCGUCAGCGAUCUCUCCACCGCUGAAUUCUAUAACCCAUUGACCAAUAAGUGGACCAAUAUAACGCCCAUGGGCACGAAACGUUCUUGCUUGGGCAUUUGCUCAUACGACGGCUUGAUCUAUGUAUGCGGUGGCUACGAUGGUGCCUCCUGCCUGAGCAGCAUGGAGCGCUACGAUCCCCUGACGGGCAUCUGGAGCUCCUGCCCGGCCAUGAGCACGCGUCGACGCUACUGCCGACUGGCCGUACUGGAGAAUUGCAUCUACUCCCUGGGUGGUUUCGACUCCACCAACUAUCAGUCGAGUGUGGAGCGCUUCGAUCCGCGUGUGGGCCGCUGGUGUCCCGUGCCCAGCAUGACCGCACGUCGCAGCAGCUGUGGCGUAGCCUCAACCGAUGGUCACCUCUACUGCAUUGGCGGCAACGAUGGCACUAUGUGUAUGUCCAGUGGCGAACGUUUCAGUCUGCGCAGGAACAGUUGGGAGCCCAUCGCAGCAAUGCACUCUCGCAGGUCCACGCAUGAGGUUGUCGAAGUGGAUGGCACGCUUUUCGCCUUGGGCGGCAACGAUGGCUCGUCCUCGCUCAAUUCUGUAGAGCGUUACGAUACACGCCUGAAUAAGUGGACCGUGGUCAAUGCCAUGGUUGCGCGCCGCAGUUCCGUCGGAGCUGCUGUACUCGAAUGUUUUCAUCUGGAGCGCGGAUUGGUACAGACGACGAAUUUAUGACCUUUAGCUACCAUCAGCGAAUCCUUCGCCGCUGCUGCAGCGAACGACAGCCAAGCGGGGGCCAGCACUAAUGGCGCCACCAGCACCCAGAACAGCAGCAGCAACAACAGCUUGGUGGUGCCUGGACGGGCUGAGGCAGCUGCUUUCACAGCCAACAUAGCGCUGAGCUCAUCGGCGCCUUCUGCCAGCUCCACAUUGCGCCGCCAUAGACGUGAUUUGGCCGGACUUGCCGAGGGCCGACGCGCCAAUAGCAAUGCCAGCAGCGGAAGUGGUAGCGGUAGUGAGAGUAGCAGCGCUGGCGGAGGCGGAAGCAAACCACCGGCCACCGCCUGAUCUCUAUCGAGACAUUUUUGAAUUUAAAAACUAAGCUAAUCCGCACCCCACGCCUAUUCAAGGAAUUGCAUUAAUUGUUUGUUCGUUCGAUGGAUAGUUACAUACAUACAUAUAUGGAGAAAAAUACAUACAUACAAGUAUAAGCUAUAGUUUAUAGCUGCACCUUAACCGAUAACAGGCGUUUUGCAGGCGCUCGUUUGCUCAAGAAUUAUAGAAAUCAGACAAACACAUUAACAUUGCUGGACAUUCUUUUAACCUCAACGAAGCCUCAAGUUUGUGAAUUCGAAUCAAUUAAGAAGCCUAUGAAGCCUUAAGGCUUCUAACUUUUUACCAUAAUUACGUUUGCACUACGCUCGAAAUUCUUCGAGAAAUGCAUAAACUCACAGAGACAUGUUUCUAGUCAAGACCUCAUGAACUUCAAUCAUUCCAGAAGCGCAAGAGUGGCCCACUAAGCCUGCAAACAAGAUAGCAACCUAAUCUGCCUACAAUUUACAUACAUAUAAAUAUAUAUACAAAUAUACAAUAUACACUCUUAUGUACUAUUCUUAUGUAUUUUAUACAUACAAUUAUAAUAAGUAAAUGUUUCGUAUUUGAAA